AUGGUGACCUUUGCCGCUGCCGCUGCCGCGCCGGUGAGGGUGGUGCCCGCCCAGGCGCCGUCUGGGCGGAGGAACUCGGGCGAUUUUGAGGUGGCUUCCACCUCCUCGUGGCCGCGCUGCCGGCCGUCGCCGGCGACUCCAGCGGCUGCAGCAGGUGAGUGUCUCCUCUUCUCCGUCUCCAGGCGGACGCGCAAGAAUCUCGCCUUGCGCCCUGGGGAGGGCAGCGACGCGCUUCCUUCAAAGCCCCUCCGGGCCCGCGACGCGCGGGGCAGCUGCCCCAACCUGCUCCGCUGCGAGGGAAGAGGCCGCGCGCCUGGCGCACGCACAGCUGCUUCCCCGUACCUCCGCCGCCGGAAGGUGGGCAGCUUCGGAGAGGCCGGAGCGGGGGGCCUGGACGACUGUGCGCUGCGGCGCAAAGGCGGCGACCUCAGAUAUUGGUCUUGCACUUCGCUCAAGUCGCUCUGCCGCGAGUCGGGCGAGGAAGACCUCGCGGGCCUCGAGCGCGCGGGCGACGACCCCCCCGGCGUGGAGGGGCGAGAGGAAGAAGGCCUUUGCAACACGCCUGGCGGCGACCACGACAUGCAGGGCGUCGGCUUCACGAUGUUCCCGGGCGACGGCGAGCACGCACCCCUUCGCAUCUCCCCAGAGAGAGCGGCGCCUCUGUGCGGCGGGAGCCGCGCUCUCGGCGAGCCGCUCGUUAUGGCGACGACAGCGCCAGCGGCGCCCCUCCCCCCCGCUUCCCCGACCCCCGCUACGCAGGAGACGCGGGCUGCGGCAGAGUCUGAAGGCCUCGCGUUGCCAGUGAAGCCGGCGGCUGUCGUCGCCGACGGGGAGGGCGCGGACGGAAGCGCAGGCGAGGCGCCUGCGACGGAGACGACAGCCGCGCUGUCGCCCUUUGCAGACGCCAGCUCGACUGCAUUAUCCGACGCGAGUGACUGCGGCUUGUCCCCGCGUGCAGAGGGGGCGGGGCCGGCGUCCCCGAGCCCGGCAUGCGCGUCGGAGGCCGGCGAAGAGCCCUCUGGGCGUGCGAUCUCGUUGUUGCCAGCGAGUGGCCUCCUCUGCUCCAGAAGCCGCGGCCUGGUGACGCUCGCGUGCUUGGAGGCGCGCGACUCCCGGCAGUCGGCUCACAGACAAGUCGUGGAGGCGCUUUUUCCGUCGCCGCCUGCGCCGUAUCUCUCGCAGCUCCUCCAGCUGCGGGAUGUCUACGAGGCGGCGUUCCUGGCGCUUCGCGUGCUGCCGGAGCGAUACCUUCAGCGCAUUCACCAGCUCGACGCGCUGCAGGCGCUCGUGGGGCCUGGUCUGUACGCGCACUGCCCGCGACUCGCAGCGGUCCGCGCCAUCUACGAGCGGAGCUACGUGUGCGUCUCAGACGGCCGGGAAGGCCUCAUGGCUGAGCUCCUCGACGAGGCAACGCGCCACAGGCAGCAGCAGGAGGACGACGGCUGCGACGACGACGACGACUGGCCAUCCGAGGACGCGUACCACGUUGUCUACUCGAAGCCUGUCCCGUCCGCGGCGUCCGCGGGCAAGCGCGUGACGUUCUGCCAGCCGAGCGACGGCCCAGAGCACGGCAAGGCGCAGGACGCCCCCCGGCACCCGCGCGCGACGCUCUUACUGCUCUCCGAGCAACUCCAGAACGUGAAGGUGCUUCAGGGGCAAGUAGGCCCGGAUCUCCUGGCGGGCAUGGCGCAGCUCGUCGAGCUGCUCGACGGCCAGACGGAGACCGACGGCGGGGAGAAGGAGGAGGGGCGCCAGAAGCAAGUCGAGAGGAUUCGGCGCUUCGUGGACCAUUUCCUCCACGCCUUCUUCAGCUGCCGCGUCGCGGCGGAGCUGCAGCGUGAGCACUUUCUCCGGGCUGUCGAGCUGGACGACUGCGGCGCGAUUCUUUCCUCCCACGUGGCGAUGGAGCACCUGAUCUGUCGGGCGGCGCUCGACGCCCAGGAGCUCUCUCUGCAUCAUUUGGGAGUCGCGCCCGCCGUUGAAAUCUACACGUCGGAGCCGCACAGAGUGGAUGAAGAACUCCAGACGUUCCUUCUGGCUGCGUCGCGCUCCGAGGGGCCGUCGUCGAUGGGGUGGAGUUCGCUGUCGUCGCCUGCUUCGUCGGGCGCGUGCUCGCCGAUGCCCGCCAGCUACGGGCAGGUGGAGGACGGGGGCCUCUCGCGCUCGCCUUCGCCGCCUUGCCGCUCGCAGUUCGGCUCGCCGCGGGGGCAGUCCCCGCGGUCGGCGGGGCUGCCCAGCUCGGUGCGCUUCCCCUGCUUCCCGGCGUACGCGUACAGCGGCAUCUUUGAGCUACUGAAGAACGCCAUGCGAGCCUCGGUCGACGUGUGGACGGCGGAACGUCCGCAGCAGGGGGAGGAGGCCUCCGCCGCAGAGGGCACCCGGGCCCUGCGCGGAGCCCCGCUGCAGCCGCGCCAGCCGUUGUCGGUGGAGCUCGCCGGGCGCGCGCAGGAAGAGGGCAGCUUGACUUGUCGCAGCAGCUCGAGCGUCUAUUCGAACGCGUCAGUGGCGGCGUGCGCCGUCCGCGGGCCUUGGAACCUCGUGACGCUGGGCAAGUCGCGGCGGCUGAAGCAAAUCCCAGGCCGACAGCUCGUGGAUCGCGAGGUCUCCAACCUGCCGCCGGACGCGGAGGACGGCGGCAAAUUCCUGCGGAAAACGCGCGUAGUCCAGCUCGAAGACAACGCGCCGCCCGCCGUGAAGGUCAACAUCCUCAAAGUGAACGAUAGCCUCGUCAUCCAAGUCGAAGACUGCGGAAAAGGUCUCACCUCCGACGAGCUGCGGCGAGUCUGGUCGUUUGCGUACUCCACGGCGCACAAAAAAGCGCCCGCGCUGCACGCCUCAGAGAAAGGAGUCGCGCCUGGGAGGGAGGCUGACAGAGGUGAAGCUCCGCUCCUGGCGGGUUGCGGCGUAGGCCUUCCAAUGAGCCGAGUCCACGCGCAAAGUCUAGGAGGCGAAAUCUUCAUCGAGUCCGCGGAAGGCAUCGGGACUUGCGCGUACAUGUGCCUGUCGAAUUUGCAAGAGUUUCGCGACCACGCGUUGCGCACAGAGCGGAGGAGUCACUACGACCUCUUGCAGGGUGUGCAGCUGCCCCCGCCUCUGGCCCCGGUGGAGCUCGCGGCGAUUCUCUCCCCGUCGGCUGCGCCGUCGGCGGUCACCUCGUCGCUGCCGCUGAGCGGCAAGUCCGCCUCGGUCUCUUCUCUCGCAUCCGCCUUCUCGCAGAUGGCCAGGGACGAUCCCGAGACGGACUCCGAGCGACUCACGUCGACGUGUCCCUCAACGCGGUCAGCGUCUUCGCCGCGCGCAGUCCCUUCGCUGCAUCCCUUUUGCGCCUCGCCGAGCUCUCCGCUGGCGUGCGGCGCGUCGACUCCCAGCGAGGCGGACGCGAAGCUCUGA